CGUGGCCUUUAAACCGCCAUCUUGUGGGAACGCCUCGAGGAGGAAGCAAGUUGCUUGUUAGUGUUGCCUGUGGGGAGAAGGGAGCCGACAUUUCAGUUCGUCCUUUUCCAAGACUGAAAGACAGACGCCUAAAACGUUGAGAAGUCACGUCGUGACGUGUCGCGCAGCUAGUAGAGCCAAUAAUCUCAGGAGAAAAGCGCGGUUCUCCACGGUUUCAUCUUCUGAGGUUUUCUCACCUCCGGUUUUGUAAUCCACUUUUUCGUCAUGGGAAAUAUAUUUGGAAAUCUGUUCAAAGGCCUGUUUGGCAAAAAGGAGAUGCGAAUCCUCAUGGUGGGUCUGGAUGCUGCUGGGAAAACGACUAUUCUGUACAAGCUCAAGCUUGGAGAAAUUGUGACCACCAUUCCAACUAUUGGUUUCAAUGUUGAAACGGUUGAGUACAAGAACAUAAGUUUCACAGUGUGGGAUGUCGGCGGCCAGGAUAAAAUUCGACCUCUAUGGCGUCAUUACUUCCAGAACACACAGGGUCUCAUCUUUGUCGUGGACAGCAAUGACAGAGAGCGAGUGAAUGAAGCCAGAGAGGAGCUCAUGCGAAUGCUGGCAGAAGACGAGCUCAGAGAUGCUGUUCUAUUAGUGUUUGCAAAUAAACAGGACCUCCCAAAUGCCAUGAAUGCUGCCGAAAUCACAGACAAGCUGGGAUUGCACUCUCUCCGUCAUAGGAACUGGUACAUCCAGGCAACCUGUGCCACCAGCGGUGACGGUCUCUAUGAAGGACUGGACUGGCUCUCCAAUCAACUCCGAAACCAGAAAUAGUUUAUCUUAGCUCCUCCCCUGUCUCCUCCUUACUCCUGCUUUACUACUCUCAUGUUGCAAACUGUGCUACUUUGUGGUAAUGAAUGCCGGAAGCUGCGCUCAUCCAUCUUUCAUCACAACAUAUGUUAUGAGCCACUUUUUAUAUAUAUAUAUAUUUUCAAGUUUUACAGAUGUGGAAAAAGCAGAAGUUAGAAUUCAGGUGUCUUGUUUAAUGUAAAUGGACUUGUUUUGCAAUGAGGCAGCUUCUGGUACUCUUAUGCAAUAUUUACUCAGCCUUUUACUUUGAUUUUUUUUUUUAUUUUUCCUCUUCUUCACUUGGGCUGACUUGCAUUGGAUGUAAUUCUGGGGAAGGGAUACAGGAAACUGGCCCAGGGCUUCCUCACAUGUUCACACAGUUGCCAUUUGGGCUGGGCCUGGCCACCUCUUUCCUCAUUGCAUAUGAGAAUGUUCUCCCUCGGAUGCCAUCUUUAAGCCUAGUACAGUGUGAGAGGACCAUGUCUUCUCCCAUUGCAAAACACUGAGUCUGCAAGCCAGUGAGAGCAGACAGGUGCACUGCUGUUGGUGGUAGGUACCUUCAUUUGAACACACUGCUGUCCAAUUUGAUCUUUUCACUCAAGACAAAUUGCGCAGUGUGCCCUGUCUGGAGAAUGUUUCAUACUGUACACUGAACAGACCAUGUAACAAUCAGUUGAAGUCAAAACUCACUGUUGCCAAGUAAUGUAAGGCUGGUGGUUUUUUUUUUUUUUUUUU